AAAAAAGCUUUCACUUUCACUCUGUCUUCUAUAACUGCUGGCCCAUGUGUGUGUGUGUGUAAUCAAUUAAUACUCAUUCCACCUUAUGUCAUUAUAACCCUCCAUCAUUCUCUCUCAGAUCUACUUCACCAACCUUCAUUUAACUCAACUCAACACACAUUAACACAACACAAACAUAGUAUCAUACAUACAUGUUCACAAACCCAUCUUUUUUUAGUGUUCAUCAUGCUUCAAACUUUGAUACCAUUUUUAUUGUUCUUUUUUGUACCAGUUUUGUCUCAAGUUGACCAACUACUAUACACAGGUUUUAAGGAUGUUGGUCCAAAAAACCUAACCUUAAAUGGUAUAGCAGAGAUAGAAAAAAAUGGUAUAAUAAGAUUAACAAAUGAAACAAGUAGAUUAUUGGGUCAUGCUUUUUAUCCUCAACCAUUUCAGAUAAAGAACAAAACUACUGGUAAAGUUUUCUCUUUCUCAUCAUCUUUUGCACUUGCUUGUGUUCCUGAAUAUCCUAAACUUGGUGGCCAUGGCAUGGCUUUUACUAUAGUCCCUUCAAAAGAUCUCAAAGCUUUACCUAGUCAAUAUCUUGGUCUUCUGAAUUCAAGUGAUGUUGGUAAUUUCUCUAACCAUCUUUUUGCUGUUGAGUUUGACACUGUUCAAGAUUUUGAGUUUGGUGAUAUUAAUGAUAACCAUGUUGGUAUAGAUAUUAAUAGUAUGCGUUCAAAUGCAACUAUUACUGCUGGUUAUUAUAGUGAUGAUGAUAUGGUUCAUAAUAUUAGUAUUAAAGGUGGAAAACCAAUUUUAGUUUGGGUUGAUUAUGAUUCUUCAUUGGAACUUAUUAGUGUUACACUUUCACCAACUUCUAAUAAGCCUAAAAAACCUAUUUUGACUUUUCAUAUGGAUCUAUCACCUCUUUUUCUUGAUACUAUGUAUGUUGGUUUCUCUGCUUCAACUGGUUUACUUGCUAGCUCUCAUUAUGUUUUGGGAUGGAGUUUUAAAAUUAAUGGGCCGGCGCCUUUUCUUGAUUUGUCCAAACUACCAAAGCUUCCACAUCCUAAGAAGAAACAUACUUCUUUGAUACUCGGUUUAUCGCUCGGAUCUGCUUUGAUUGUAUUGUGUUCUAUGGCAUUUGGUUUUUACAUUUAUAGAAAAAUCAAGAAUGCUGAUGUUAUUGAAGCUUGGGAGCUUGAAGUUGGACCACAUAGAUAUACUUAUCAAGAGCUGAAGAAAGCUACAAAAGGUUUCAAGGAGAAACAGUUGCUUGGGCAGGGUGGUUUUGGCAAAGUUUACAAUGGGAUAUUGCCGAAAUCGAAGAUUCAAGUGGCUGUUAAGAGAGUUUCACAUGAGUCAAAACAAGGGCUAAGGGAAUUUGUGUCUGAAAUCGCUAGCAUAGGCCGGCUUCGCCACAGGAAUUUGGUUAUGUUACUCGGAUGGUGUCGUCGCAGAGGUGACCUUUUGCUUGUGUAUGAUUACAUGGCGAAUGGAAGCUUGGACAAGUACUUGUUUGAAGAUUCAGAAUAUGUGCUAAGUUGGGAACAGAGGUUUAAGAUAAUAAAGGGUGUUGCUUCAGGUCUUUUGUAUCUACAUGAAGGCUAUGAGCAAGUGGUAAUCCAUAGAGAUGUUAAAGCUAGCAAUGUGCUGUUGGAUUUUGAACUCAAUGGAAGAUUAGGCGAUUUCGGAUUGGCAAGGUUGUAUGAACAUGGUGCUAAUCCAGGCACAACAAGAGUGGUGGGAACAUUAGGCUAUUUGGCACCGGAGUUACCUAGAACAGGACGAGCAACAACAAGCUCCGAUGUUUUUGCAUUCGGCGCGCUUCUUCUCGAGGUUGUUUGUGGAAGAAGGCCUAUUGAACCUAAGGCAUCACAAGAUGAGUUGGUAUUGGUGGAUUGGGUGUGGGAAAGGUUCAAAGAAGGAAGAGCAUUUGAAGUAGUUGAUCCUAAAUUGAAUGGUGAUUUUGUUGAAACUGAGGUAAUGAUGGUUUUGAAAUUAGGUUUGAUAUGUUCAAAUGAUGUUCCAACUAUAAGGCCUAGUAUGAGACAAGUAGUGAGGAUUUUGGAUGGAGAAGUUGAGUUACCAAAUGAAAUGAGAAAACCAGGUGGUAUUGAUUCACAAGAAGGAUUUGAUGAAUUCUUGAAUUCUCUUGGAACUUCUAACUCAUUUGAUCAAAUGAGUUCAAGUUCUUAUAAUGGAAAGAGAGAUAUUGAUAAUACUAGUUUUAUCACUUUUGGUAAUUCACCUCAAUCAUCACUUCUCAAUGCUAGAGGAGAAACAAGGUGACUCUAAUAUUAUACUUGAUUAGCUCAUGAAAUUUGGUUUGGUUUAAUAUCUCAUUAUUAUGUCAAAAAAAUGUAUUGAUUAUACAAAGUUUUGGAAAUGAUGUCUGAAAUUGGAAAAGUAGCAAAUUCCAGUUUUUUACAUGUUGUCUUGUAAAAAAUUUUGGACACUGAUUGAAAUUGGAAAGCUAGUGUGUUUAGUUUGGAAAGUAUAUGAAUUGAUUUUACUUUAUGUAGAGUUAUUUUAGUGAAGACAGAUUUUACUUCUGCUUUAGUUUUUAACAUGUAUAAGGUUAAAUACCUCAUGUGGUUCCAUUAGUUAGAUGUCUUUAACAAGUUAGUAUAUAA